AGAAAAAACCGCCAACUUCACAUUAAUUUAUUUUUCACUAGCAAUUAUUUCAAUUGUCUCUAGCAAUGUUCACUUGUUCAUAACAGAUAAUGGAUAUCUUGGAACCUGACACUGUAUGGGUAAGUGGUCGUCGUUACAGAUAUUUCGAGAGUAAUUUCUGGUCGAACGAGCAAACCACACCGUAUGAAGAACAUUGUCAACCGGAAAUGAACGAGAUAACACCGGAGACGAGUGAAAACGAUUCAAUUCCCAUCGAGGAAAUUGACGGUGGAAAAUUCCGCCACAUCGUGGACAUCCCCAGUGCAUUUUAUGGACACAUCAUGGGUUGUCAAGGGGCCACAAAGAAAAAAUUGGAGAUGGAAACGAAAACAACAGUGAGAGUUCCCUACAAAAAUUCCUCAGACCCUCUGACGAUCACUGGAGUGACUGCAAGGGAUAUCAUCUCGUGUCGAAACAGGAUGGAUUUAUUGGUGGAAAAGGCGAAAAUUAAAAUGCCACCCACUCAUUUCGUGUCGAUUCCCCUGAACACAGAGGAAAUAAUCCAGAGUUACGAGAGAUUUAGGGAACGAAUUGUCAACGAUCCGGAUUUUAAAAAUAUGAGGAUCGACGAGAAAAUGUUCGUUAAACCGACUACAUUGCAUGUAACGAUUGGAAUGCUCCUCUUGCUGGACGAGAAGACGACGAAAGAAGCUGCAGAUGUCCUCAACGAAUGUGUCGAGACAAUAGUCAAACCGAUUAUUAAGGGGCUCAGCAAGCCUUUGGUGGUGAAAAUACAAGGGGUGGACUGCAUGAAUGACGAUCCAGAGAAGGUAACAGUCGUCUAUGGAACAAUUCCAACGAACGAGACACUCCAGGAAAUGGCAAAUAAAAUAUUUCAAUUCUUCAUUCAAAAACAACUGAUGAAGGUCACUUACACAGAAAAUGUCAAACUACACAUGACUCUGAUAAAAUCGAGUAAAGUAGUCCCCAUAGAUCAGAGAAGAGGAAGUCGCAAAAUUGAUUUUAAUGCUCGAGAGAUAUUAUCGACCUUCAAGGACUACAACUUUGGGGAAAUGGAGUUGAAGCACUUGGAGAUAUGCCACAGGCAUUCGAAAAACGACGAUGGCUCAUACAAAACCAUUGCAAAAGUCGAAUUAUAAAACAGAGAGGCAUUCUAAUAAAAAAAAGAGUACAACUGUCACUGAGAUAUUCCCCCUCCACAGUUUCAUUCGAGAAUAAAAUAGAGGUGUUUGAAAGAUAUUA